AUGGCCCAAAAUGGGGACUCCGACGCUCUCAACAUGGUGAGCUUCGAGAAAGACUUGGAAGAGUUGUUCCAAGAAGUGCCAGAUCUUCAGCAUGCCUUGGUGUCUUACCAUGAGGCCCGAACAAAGAUCUUGGAGAAGAAGAAGUCGAGGGGAUUCUGGCCGCCCUACAAGGGCAAAAACAAGGGUGGUUUCAGCAAAGGGUUCAAGAAGGGAUCUGGAAAAGGAGGGCUGUUAGCCCGCAUCGCCCGCACGAAUCGCCGUGCUUGUGGAGAAAAAGGGCAUUGGAAAGCUGAGUGCCCGCACAAAGGCACCAACAACACGCAGGACAAUGUGAAUCUUGCGAUGCACCAGGAACACCGGUUCACCCUGCCCAACAAUGACCAGGAUGCCCAGGUGAUCUUUGAAUCGAUCACGGAAGAUGACGAGGAGAUUCAGAGCUUUGCCACUCACUGGGAGGGAGAAGCCAUGCGCAUGAUCAAGAGCACGGCAGAGGCCAUCAUGGAGUCAUUGCGCCUGUUGCUGGUGAUACUGAUGAGCCAGUUGGAGGUGAGAGCGCCGGACCAGGAGAUUGCGACAGAUCAUGCCCAGGUGUUGUCGAACCUCAUGAACGAGGUCCAGAGCCAGAAGGGGCGCAUAGAGCAACUGUCAAAGAUGCUGCAGGGCAAAACUUUGUCAGGUUCACCAAGAAAAGUCAAGAGCGCUGGAUCAGGCAGAAAUUUCGAGAUUGGCGACCAAUCGGACGCUUCAUGGGAUCUGGAGGAGCUGGAGAUGGGAAGUCUGGGCCCAAUGCCCACCACCAACAUGAAUGUGAACCUGCACCAGUCGACGGCACACCGCCAGAAGAUGCCCAAGCAGUCCACAGUUGUCCAGAGCUCUCCACAAAGAACCACUGCAGCAGCGACAGGGGCGAACGAUGUGCCCGAGAGCCAGAUAGCCCUCACGGCACAGGCAUUGGAGUCAUGGGGCAACAAAAGAGUCUCGCGGGGCAAGACCCACAAUGGGUCCCGCUUCUCAGAAGUGUACGAGCAGCACCCAAACUACGUGGCCUGGAUUUCGGCAAGAUCCGCAACGGCCAACGUCGCCAUGCAGGACUUCAUCAUGUAUGCCCAAGCUCGAGAAGGCCUGGAACAUCGAGCACUGAGAGCCAGCGCGUGA